GUGUAUAGUCCCUUUAACUUUGUUUUUAAGCGCCCUAGUUGGCAUAAAAUUUAUUUUUUGUGUUAUUUUAGUUUCAAUACCACUAGUUUUUUUGUAUAAAAAUAACAUUUUGUUUAUUUUAAUUUUCCUGGAAUUGCUUACUUUAAUGUGUAUCGCCUUUUGUUGAAUUGAAAACUUUUCAUUUAACAAUAACGCAAGAUCCCCAAUAUUUGUAAUUAUAACUACUUUUAUUUUAGAGGCUGUUGUUGGUCUGGGAGUGUUAGUCAGAAUAACCCGAUUUAAAACUAACAUUAAAAUCUUAAGGGAGUAAAAUUUCAUUAUAUUUUCAAAGCCCCCUGUCCUGGCUUUACUAUUUUAACAACCAGUAAAGUAACAAGAGAGAUAAUAAAAAUUAUUACAAGCAUUAAUUCAUAAUUUACCAUAUAAAUAUCACCCAUUUUAUGAACUUUUACAGGUUUUACCAACACAAAAUUAGCAACUGUAAAAAAUAAAAUAAUUCCCAAUAUAAUUCACACAUUAAUUUUAAUAUUUGAAACUAAAGGCUUAGCUAGUCUUGAUAAAUACGUAAAUAAAACUAAAAGUCCCGAAAUAUAUAACAUUAUCAAUGAACUUCCAGCCCAAAAUGAGCAGGUUUUUAUUAAAACUAACCCCAUGUAACAAGCUAUAAACAUAACCCUUAAUGUUAUUAUCAUGGGUGACCGUAAGUAGUACAUGACUAAAAUUACUGCAACAGAGGCAAUAAACAACGUGUUUAAAAAAAUAUUAUAAUGAAUUCCCCUACUUUAGUGUCUAAUUUAAAGAAUCAAAUUUUACUCCCUGUUCCGAUUAAUAUCCACUCCAUGUGAAACUUCGGGUCAAUACUGGGAAUUGUUUUAAUAUCUCAAAUUUUAACUGGACUAUUUUUAGCUAUGCAUUUUUCAAGGGAUAUUAACACUGCAUUUUUGAGAGUUGACCACAUUAUACGAGAUGUUAACGGUGGGUGAUUUUUACGAAUAACCCAUGCUAAUGGGGCCAGUGCUUUUUUUAUCUGCAUAUAUCUUCAUAUUGCUCGAGGAAUCUACUUUGGGUCAUAUAAAAUAAGAUUAACUUGAAUUAUUGGUGUUAUUCUUUUCCUGGUGUCAAUGGCUACAGCUUUCUUGGGUUAUGUAUUACCUUGAGGACAAAUAAGGUUUUGGGGAGCUACAGUUAUUACUAACUUGGUAUCUGUUAUUCCUUAUCUAGGAGAGGAUAUUAUUACCUGAGUCUGAGGUGGAUUUUCUGUUGGAGGGGCAACCUUAAGCCGAUUUUUUAGGUUACAUUUUAUUUUACCAUUUGUUAUUUUAGGCCUUGUUUUAAGCCAUUUUAUUGCUUUACACUCAACGGGAAGAUCAAACCCCCUGGGUCUUCCUUCUGAUAAAAAUAAAAUUUAUUUUCACCCGUAUCACACCUUUAAAGAUUUAUCUGGUUUAUUAAUGUUUGCAUUUUUAAUGUUUUUCCUUAUUUUUUUUGCUCCUUGAGCUUUAGGUGACGUGGAAAAUUUUAAAGAAGCAGAUCCACUGGUUACCCCUGAACACAUUCAACCCGAAUGGUAUUUCUUAUUUGCAUACGCUAUUUUACGUGCUAUCCCAAACAAACUGGGGGGAGUAAUCGCCCUACUUAUGUCUGUCUUAAUACUUUUAGCCCUUCCUAUCUUAUCAAUGCCAGAAACUAGAUCUCCUCGAUUUAAUCCCCUAAACAAACUUUUAUUUUGACUUUUAGUAUCUUCCAUAUUACUUUUAACCUGAGCAGGAGCUCGUCCAGUUGAAGGAAUGUACAUUGUUGCGGGACAGAUUUUAUCUAUUUUUUACUUUGCUAUUUUUUUUAUUCGUUAUCCUCUUAUUAAUUUGUUCAAACUCACUAUAACUAAAUAAU